UUCCCAAAUUUCCAUACUCUAUUUUAUUUUAUUAAAACACUAAAAAUUUAAUUAAAUCUCCAACGGUCAAAAAAAAUGGGUGAAACCGAAAGCCCCACUUAACGUUCACUCUCUCUCUCUUCCUCACUCCACUAACGGUCAUAUUUCAUCUCCUCCUCACUCACUGUCUCUCCCAAUCCCAAAGCUCUCUCUCUCUCUCUCUCUCUGUGUCUCUGUCUUUCUCUGUGUGUGUGUGUAAUGGAACCAGCAAAAAUCGAUUGGAAGAGAAUAGAGUCAAUAUUUGUGGAGGACGAACUAUACGAGCACAUAAACGCACCCAAGUGGGUGGAUUUCUUGGCUCCGCACGAAUCUGUGGAUGAUGAGGCCUGGUUUUGCAGACCCAAUUGCAAGCAUCCGAAGACUGCUGAGGAUUUUCUCAAGUCAACUCCUUCUAAGCUCACAAGCUCAGCUAAUGGUUCUGAAUCUUUUCCACUCCGUGAUCAAAGUAAAAGAGAUGCAAAAUUGAAGAGAAGAGGGCUUAACAAUCCCAAAUUCAAUGAAGAUAGCGAAAAUCAGAACCCAAAUUUAUCAACUCCUCCAGUUCACCCUGCCAAGUCCACGAAGACAGCAAUCAAAUCAAGCACAGAGAAGAAGAAAAUGGUUAAUGACAUGCCACAGAACAAUGAGUUGCCGAGGCUGAAAAGCACUCUCUCAGCAAGGAACUUGUUUGUAGGGCGGGAUAUACUUAAUCAGAUCACUGAUUUUUGCAAUGAAUUGAAGAGAAUGGCGACGAGGACAAGGGAGAGAGAGACUGUGGAGAGGUUGAUUGUGGAGAAGAGUAAUGUGUGUGUGGAGGAAAAGGCGGCAAAGGAGGGUUCUUGUGAAGUUUUGGGGAAAGUGAAUGAGAAGGAUAAGGAGAAGGAGAGGAAACCAUUGCUUGAAGUGGAUAAAGAAAAGUCUCUAGGAAUGGAGGAAAGCAGUGUUAAAGAGAAGCUGAGGAGGAAGAAAGCUGAUGAGGCAGAGAAUGUUCCAAUUUCUCUUGAUUUGAACAACGUAAAGCACAAAAGAGAGGAAAGCCUGCUGCAAAUUCGGACAAAUCCUCCCUCUCCCCAAUGCUUUUCUGCUACUCGUGGACCAACCAAAACCACCCCAUCAAAGGCUACCAAAUCCAGGAUGAUGGCUACACAGGAGAGGGGGAUACUUCAAGAAGUAGAGCAAAGUAAGGAGGUGAUGAAAGGGGAAUCUGCAGAUAAAGGCCGACCUGAAUCUAUUGUUGAAGGAAGAGAAGCAAGAGCCUUGGAUGUAUUUUGGUUCCUUAAGCCUUGCACACUAUCCAACUAAUUGGUUCACAACUGAACAAGAAAUUCAAAUUCAUUCUUUCAUUCUUUUUAGUGUACCUGCCUCAUUGUUGUAUCUUAUAGUUUUUCUUCUUAAUUAUUCAUUUAGUGUUGAUAAUAUAACUGUAAUAAUAAAGAACUCAAUAAUUGUACUAAAAUUUCAUAUUACAUCAAUAAAAUGUUGUAUCUUAAUAUCUCCAUUCCUAUGGAGUAUUUCUGAACA